AUCUCUACCACGCUUCGAGUCACGGAAAUGAGUACGUAUAGAUGUAGACGAGUCACAGGUUGUUUAACAGUUCUCGCCAAAACUCCGAGAGGUUUAGUGCUCCAAAAAAGAAACCGUUAUUGAACUGUUUAUCAAUAUUACACAGUACGAUGGGUUCUUCGCUUAGCAUGUUAUGGAAUUCAUCGAAUGAUAAUGUUAUCGAUCCUGUGACCAAUCUGUCGGGAAGGCAGAAAAAACUUGUUCAGAACACGUGGAGUAUUUUAAAGAAGGAUCCCGUUGGCACCGGUGUUGCAAUAAUGAUUGCAUAUUUCAAAAAAUAUCCGGAAUAUCAAAAGUUAUUCGCCUCGUUCAGCAACGUUCCAUUGGACGAGCUUCCAAAUAAUAAAAAAUACCAAGCACAUUGCUUGAAUAUUGUGACGGCCUUAGGCAGUGUGAUCGAUGCCAUUAACGAUCCUCCUUUGAUGGAAGCAAGCUUGAUUAGCUUGGGUGAGAGGCACAGAAGACGUGGACAAACCAAAGAGCAGUUUGACCAAUUAAAAGCGGUGAUUUUGGAAAUAAUUGGCGUAAGUUUGGGCUCGAAAUUCACACCAGAAACACGAGAUGCUUGGAAUAAGACCCUUGACGUUGCUUUUGAAUGCCUUUAUAAAGCAUACUCUUAGUAAUCAACAGCUUUGUUAAUAAUUAUAAUUGAAAAAAUUAACAAAAGAAAAAAUGUUUUCGCUGAUGAAAAAAACAUCAAAUACCGGCCUAUCACAAAUUUCACUGUGGCUAUGUUAUUAUAUUUCUAGGACAACACUCCUAGACCAAAAAAAAAAAAAUCCCCUGCAAGUUAAAAAGUAAAAUUAAUUAAAAAAUGAAAUUUAAAUUGAAUUAAAAGAAAUGAAUUCAGUGAAAAAAAAGAAAUUAAUAAAAAUCGGUAAUAUCAAUAUUUUCUUGAAAACAAAGUUUUUGUCUUAAAAAAGAAAAAAAAUGUCAAAACAGUGUCUAUGUUUUACACACGAUAAACAGUAAAAAAAAAUUAGUAUAUUAAAAUAUUUACUAAUUAUAAUUGUAAUAUUAUAAUAAUAAUAUUGAAUAUUACAUAUUAUUAAUAUAAUUAUAAUAACUAAUAAGAUACGUUAUAUUUUAAUAGGGUUGACUACUUGUUUUAUAUGAAAAACUUAAUUAAAUGAUCUAAUAAUGUUUACAUUUUACAUAAUAUGUGAUUGUAUUUUUAAGUUAUAUUUUAAGAUAACUCUUGCAUAGAGAGGCUUGAACAGAAUUGAUAAUUUUCAAAUAUUUACGAUUAUUAAUUUAUGUAAAUAAUAAAUGCUUUCAAAAGAAGAAUAAGAAGAAAAAAAAUACUAGCAGAUAUUUAUAGAUUGAGUAAAAUACUCAAUUAAAAAUAAUUAUCAAUAAUGUUUUAAGUGUUGCUCUAAGCAUCCAUUAAUUAUCAAUCAAAAAAAUGUAAUUAAUUAUUAUAAAAAUGACAAAUUUCAAUGCAUUUUAAGUAGGGAAAAUGUUUGUAAAAUAAAGCGAGUU